UCCGCGAUAUACGGGGGCGAGGAAGAGGGCCCCUUUAUUCAAAACCCCCCCCCAUGACGAAAUUGCACGCACGCCGUUCUGGCGAGAUACAAUAAACACGCGUUUGGAAUUUUCUUCGAAAAAAACAAAACACCCUUUGAUCGUGAAAAACAACUUGGCUGUGGAAAAACAAAAGACCGUAGCGGCGAAACAUAAUCGUGUGCCACACGGCGCGGUGUGUGUGCUCGCGAAGAACAGUGUGCGUGCAACUUCGAAGUGACGUUUCGUAACUUUUGAUUAAGUUUUUUCAAUUUUAAUUAAUUAAAACUUGACUCGAGUUGACUCAAAAGAGUAACCUGAGUAUAUAUUUGUUAAAUUUCGUGACACUCGAAUUGGAGAAACGAAGGAUGAUCGGCGGGCGCAACAAUCAUCUCUUGAAAGAAGAAUUAUAUAAGAAUGUUUAAUUGAGAAUUUGGCGUUGCUCGAUGCAAGAUUACCGCUUGUGUAAAAAAAUUUGAAAUCAAACGCAAACCUUAACCUCUAUGCGGAAGGAAAAUUGUCACCUUUUUUCGAGAAAUAUACGAAAAAAGGGAGAGAAAAGCGCGAGGAAAGAUCUCCGUUUGGGAAACCACAAUAAAUUGCCUGAAAAUAAUACAAAAGACACAACGGAAGGUAUUCUUUUGUAUUUGAUUGAACAAACAGCGAUUGGAUUGAAGAGAUUGCUUCGGUUGAGAACAGCGGUGGAAACAUGAGAGUGAAAGAUUCAACGAGCGAUUGAUUUCUUCUGUGAGUUAGAAUUUUUUCACUUCGAGAACACAAUGAACAUCAAAUUCAUUUGAUUCUCUCGAGAAAAUCAGAAACAAUUAUUAUCAACAACAAUCAUGCCGCAUCCCUGUGUUGUUUGCGGCCGUUCACGCAUGAAUCCCAAGAAUCGCGAGGAGGACUACAUGUUCUUUGGCUUUCCGGCGAACGACGAACCUCGCUGCCUACGCUGGCUCGAGUUCUGCAGUCGCGAAGAUCUCUACAAGCUCACGAAAAAACAGCUGCUUCAACGUAUGGUCUGCUCCAAACACUUUCAACCAACCGAUUUUCUCUACGUUGAUCGCUUGCAGGCCACCGCGAUUCCGUCUAUCUACGAUCCCAAGCAAAGUUUGUACAACAUCACGUGUGUUCUUUGCAAAAGAAUGCGGAAAGAUCCGCCUUCGGAAGAUUACGACGGCACGACCUUCCAUCAUUUUCCCGGCGAGGAGUUUCGAUGUCUCAAGUGGUUAGAUUUUGUUGGGGACGAAUCGUACUACAGACUGACGAGGAAGGAGAUUCUCUUCUGCUACAUCUGUUCGAAUCACUUCGACUCGUCUCAAUUUGUUCCGGGAUUUAAAGGAAGAUUGGUGGACAACGCGAUUCCUAAUAUUCGCGAUCCAGACAAGGCAGAAAAAAAGACAAGACUCUCGGUCGCCCAGUCGGACGUUGAACCAACGCUCUUUGUCAACACAGACAAGAGCGAAGAACCGCCGUUACCUCCCGAAGUGCUGGAGAGCCAAGCCUGCGCCGCUUGCGGCCGGUCGAGAGCCGAUCCGAGAAACAAGGCCGAACGUUACAGGUUUCAUCCGUUUCCGGCGUACGAGAUCGGGCGAUGUUUGCAGUGGUGUCAGUUCUUAGGCCGCGAGGAUCUGCUCAAAAUGUCGCCCAAUCAGAUACGAAAGCUCGUGCUCUGUUCCAAACACUUCGAGACUAGUCAGAAAUUUCGCAAUCCAAAAUUUCGCGGUCCGUGCGACGCUAUACCGACAAUCAAAGACGUAUCUGAGUCGUCUGAGAUCGUAAGUAAUCAGGACAACAACGACGACGAUCAAGAGAUAGAGGAAGAAGCUAGAGACAAUUCCAGAGUCAUUUAUCGUUGUCCCAGGGCGUUUGUUUCCAGCAAAAAACCCAAGGUCGACAACAGACCUACGCCUUUAGCCAAGAAACGCGGCAAGUCCCGACGACCGACUUCGAUCAAUAUUCCCAAACUUAUUCCCAACAGUUUGGAAAGCUGGGGAAGAAAACUGCCUCUGCCACCGCCCACGACCAAUUGGAAGAUCAACUUGGACCAAAUCCAACCGAUUACGAUCAAUAACGUCACCUCGAAUGUUGUGAACAGUCUUCAGGGCGAUGUGAAGAAAAUUAUAUUGCCGUUUACCGGUGACAUAACAAACCUUGGUAAUCCAAUACCGGUUAACAGUUUAGCGAGUAUUCCUCCGGGACUGCUGAUCAAGAUAAAUUUGCCGGAACAGAAGCAACAACAGCAGCAGCAACUGUUGCAGCAGCAGGGACGGUCUUUGUUGAAGAGAAAAACGAGGCAAAGCAAGAAAAAUCUAACGACCAAGUCGAACGAGCAAAGAAAAACGCGAGCGAAGAGAAGAACUGCUACCUCUGCCGUGUCGAAAAACGCGAAAGAGAAGAAAAACGUGGAAUUUAAGGUGUCUCCGGAACUCGUGGACGAAAACCUCGCGCAGUCGUUAAACUCCAAUGAAGCGGAAAUUAAGGAAAUAGCAAUUUCCAAAGGAAAUUCGGAGAAGGAGAACAACACGCAGGUGGAGGAAGAUCGUUAUCUCAAAGAGUGUAAGAAAGUGAAAGUUGCAAUAAACAGAAGGAAGGCCGGUUGUCGUAGAGUUACGGGAACCAUGAGAAGGACUAUGAUCCCGAUAACGGGCGAAAUCGGACGAUUUUUUAGAAAACUGACUCCACUGAUGCAUCGACUGCCAACGCGAGCCAGAGCAACGCUGAAGCUAUCAAUUGUCAACAUGGUGAUUGACAAGCUUUAAGAACAACAAUAAAAAAAAAUGCAGCGUCCUUAUUCUGUAAAUAACGCGAUAACAAAAUAGUUAUCGCGCGCAAGGAUAAUUAAAUUUUUAUUAAUUUUUAAUUUUUUUUGUUUGUUAGUGCACAGGAUAAGGGGGCUGAUGUAUUUUUAAGUCGGUUUCAAAUUGCAAACUAUCGCACUUACACUUUUUGCGCUCUGUUUU